AUGGUUCUUCCGCAGAUCUGUGCGCGCCGCGGCGGCAAGGCCUAUCGGUACCUUGCAGCCUUCCUUACGCAGCAGCGCGCAUAUGCCUCUGCUGCUGCAGAGAAGGAUCUGGUUGUAAUUGGCGGUGGUCCGGGUGGCUAUGUGGCAGCCAUCAAGGCAGGGCAGCUCGGCUUGAGCGUGGCGUGCGUGGAGGGCCGUGGGGCGCUUGGUGGAACUUGUCUGAACGUGGGAUGCAUCCCGUCCAAGGCCUUGUUGAACAGCAGCCACAAGUACGCGGAGGCUAAGUCCCAUUUCGCCGGGUACGGCAUCAAGGUCGGUGACCUUUCGUACGACUUUUCUGCCAUCCAAAAGCAGAAGGACACCACUGUGGCGGGGCUGACCAAGGGCAUCGAGGGGCUGUUCAAGAAGAACAAGGUUGACUACGUGAAGGGGUGGGGCAAGCUGGUGAGCGGCACCGAGGUGGAGGUCGCGGGGCUGGACGGCACCACCACCCGCCUCAAGGCCAAGAACAUCCUGCUGGCCACGGGCUCCGAGGUCACACCGCUGCCGGGGGUGCCCAUUGACGAGGAGAAGAUCGUGUCCUCCACGGGCGCACUGGCUCUCAAGUCGGUCCCCAAGGAGCUUGUGGUUAUCGGUGCGGGCUACAUCGGCCUGGAGAUGGGCUCCGUGUACCAGCGACUGGGGGCCAAGGUUGGGGUGGUGGAGUUCCUGGAUACGAUCGUGCCGUCGAUGGACUCGGAGGUCCGUCGUGCGUUCCAUCGCACCCUGGAGAAGCAGGGCCUCAGGUUCAAGAUGAACACCAAGGUCACCAAGGGUGAGGUGGUCGGGGGCCGCGUGAAGUUAACCCUGGAGUCCUCCAAGGGGGGGGCCGUGGAGAGCAUGGAGUGCGAUGUGUGCCUGGUGGCCAUUGGUCGUCGUCCGUACACUCAGGGUCUGGGUCUCGAGCAGCUGGGCAUCAAGAAGGACGCCCGGGGCCGUGUGGAGGUGGACUCCAACUUCCGUACCAACAUCCCCACGGUGUACGCCAUCGGUGACAUCAUCAAGGGCCCUAUGUUGGCGCACAAGGCAGAGGAGGAUGGCGUGGCGGCGGUGGCGUACGUGGGACUGACCGAGGAUGAGGCCAAGGCCAAGGGGCUCGACUACAAAACCGGAAAGUUCUCCUUCAUGGCCAACAGCCGUGCCCGCGCAGUGGGCGACACAGACGGCAUGGUCAAGAUCAUUGCGGAGAAGGGCACCGACAAGCUGCUGGGGAUGCACAUCAUGGGCCCCAACGCGGGUGAGAUGAUCCAUGAGGGGGUGCUGGCGCUGGAGUACGGCGCCAGCGCGGAGGACAUUGCGCGCACCUGCCACGGUCACCCCACCUUGUCGGAGGCGGUCAAGGAGGCGGCGCUAGCCACCGCCUUUGGCAAGCCCAUCCACAUGUAA